AUGUGGAGGCAGAUGCAGUCCGGCGAAGGAAAGGAUGAAACCCAAGUUUCCUAUGAUCACGACAAGGAACCUGGACCCUUUGGAAUGGACAUGGUUGGCAAGGACGGUACUGACCCCGAAUUUGUGCCUCUGGUAGACUCGCAGUGUGGCGAAUUCGAGGACAAGUCAGCAUACAAGAGUCCCGCCACAAUGUCUCCUCAAGAAGACAGUGAUGGAACAGAUGGGCAUGGUCGAAUGAGUGUUGUAACAGAUCCUCAAAGCAUAUCCCAGAUCGAAAUUGAGGAGGACCAAAGUGGCAGUGCAACGGUAGAAGGCAGCUCCAACGGAGAACACAACGCCAACGACAAAUGGAGCGACGAAGGAUCCUGGAUGGCCAGUGUGGUUGUCAAAGUUGAAGCUGUCGCGUAG